AUGCAGAAAAUGAUAGAACAAGAAUUAUUGCAACAAGCAACCGAUAAAUGGGCAGAGAUUAAAAAUAAGGAUCCAAAUGAGCUCAUAAAAUCAUUAGAUAUUAUAUCUGAAUUGCUUUUACAUCCUAAAUUAACUUUAAAAAUUGCUGAAUCACUCAGACCAAUUCUAAUUGAUUUAGUUUCACGCUGGUCAUUACAACUAAAUAUUGAUAAUUACAAUAACACUAAAAGCAACCAAUUAUUUUCAAAUAAAGAAUAUUUUUUGAGAAUUGAAAAGGUUGCUCUUGCUUUUACUCAAUUAUUACCAAUAACUCCCCAACUGUUGAGUAUUGUUUAUAAUAUGAGUGUCACUCAACAAGAGAUUGCAUUAGAAUAUUGGACAUGUUCUUCUAAAUCCCAUCACAUCAUCAAUUACUUGGAAUUGGAAAAUGGUGAAAUCAUAGAUGUUAGAAUGUUGAGAUUAUUUGAUGAGAUUUCUAAUGCUAAAAAGCAACAUUCUCUACUACUUGAUUGUGAAAAUAAUAAUAAUAAUGUAUUUUCAAUAUCAUUAAGUUACUUGAAUAAUUCUGAUUUAUCUCCAGCUACCAUCAAUAUUUGUGACACAACAAAACUUAAUCUACAUUCAAUAUGUUUAGCACUUUCUAUGAAUUCGCCAAUUUUACUUGAAGGAGUAACCGGAUCUGGUAAAACUACUUUGGUCGAAGAGCUUGCAUAUUUAACUGGACAUGGUGAAGAUCUUAUAAAAAUACAUUUAGGCGAUCAAACUGAUUCAAAAGUCCUGCUAGGGACUUAUGUUUCUACUUCAACGCCUGCUUCAUUCCGCUGGCAACCUGGAGUUCUAAAUACUGCUGUAUCUAAAGGUCGUUGGGUUUUAAUCGAAGAUAUUGAUUUUGCUCCAAAUGAUGUCAUUUCUGUUAUAUUACCUUUGCUUGAAACAAGGCAACUUUUUAUUCCCAAUAGAGGUGAAAAAAUAAAGGCUCAUCCAAAUUUUCAUUUAUUUGCUACUAAAAGUCUGAUUCCUGUUGGAAUGAAAAAAUCUUCAAAUUCUAUCAAUUCAAAUAUUGAAACUAACUUGUGGACAAGAAUCACCAUAAAUCCUUUAACUUCAAAUGAACUCAAAUACGUUAUAAAGAAUCAAUUUUUUAAAAAUCUUGACAAUCAAAAUAUUAUCGAAAUUCUUCACUCUUUAAUAACCUAUUAUCAAAACUCAUCACCGGCAUCACCAAUAAUAUCACAAACGGAUACAUCUGAUCUACAAGCGGAAUCACCGCCACCACCGCCACCAACAUUGAUCUCAUUCACUUCAAAUUUUGCUCGAUAUAUUUCUAUCCGUGACCUGAUGAAAUGGUGUCGUAGGAGUGAGCUACUUUUGAGAUCAAAAAAUAUUUUUUCAACCAACCAACUAAUCUCAAAUACGCAUUAUGACAUCAAUGACAUUAGAAAUGAUUUAUUCAGCGAGGCUGCUGAUUGUUUUUGCGCCAUGAUUUCUGAUUUUGAUGCUUGGAUAAAUUCUUUACUGAAACUUGGCGAUGUGUUGGGUAUAACUGCAGAAAGAGUACAUUAUUAUGUGAACUCUUAUGUUCCCAAUCUUUAUAUUACCAAUGACCAUAUCAUAAUAGGGAGAGCCAAAUUAAUUUCUCUGGAUAGCAAAAAGGAAAAAUAUUUAAAAUAUGCUAUCAACCAUAAAAAAAUUUUUGCUAAUACUGGACAUUCUUUAAGAUUAAUGGAACAAAUAGCUGUUUGUGUAAAUUUAAAAGAACCAGUAUUGCUAGUUGGUGAAACUGGCACCGGAAAAACUACUGUUAUUCAGCAUUUGGCUGAUAUGCUUAAUCAAAAUCUUGUUGUAGUUAACUUAUCUCAACAGACAGACAGUAGUGAUUUGCUUGGUGGCUUCAAACCUGUCGAUGUGAGAAUUCUUGCCAUACCACUAAAAGAUGAAUUUGACAAGUUGUUUGAGAAAACCUUUUCGAUUAAAAGGAAUCCGAAUUUUUUAGAAGCUGUACGUAAAGUAUUUACAUCAAAGAAAUACACAAAUUUUGUUGAAGGCUCUUUGGUCAAAGCUGUGAAAAAUGGCGAUUGGAUUCUUUUGGAUGAGGUUAAUUUGGCUUCUACAGAAACGUUAGAAUGUUUAAGUGGUCUGCUUCAAGAUUCAAACAGUUCUAUACUAUUAACUGAAAAAGGUGAUUCCGAACCUAUAAAAAGACAUCCUAAUUUUCGAGUCUUCGCCUGUAUGAAUCCUGCUACAGAUGUUGGUAAACGUGAUCUACCACCAGGCCUCAGGAAUAGAUUCACCGAGUUUUACGUUCACCCAAUAGACAACAGAUUUGAUGACUUGAUGAUUAUUGUAAAACAAUAUUUAUCCGAUUAUAUAACCAGUAAGGAUGAACGAAUUUUUAAUGAUAUAGUUGAAUUUUAUAUUGCCGUCAAAGAUUUGGAAAAUCAACAUAAAAUUGUCGACGGUGCUAACCAGCGUCCACAUUUCAGCAUGAGAACUUUGACAAGAGCUUUAAGGUAUGUCACACAGAUUAUUCAAACUUAUGGUUUAAGACGGUCGAUAUAUGAAGGCUUUUGUAUGACCUUUUUGACACAACUGAAUGGUGAAAGUGUAGUGGUUUUGGAAGGCUUAAUUGAAAAAUAUUUAUUGAAAGAUGUUCAAAAUCCAAAGUCACUAAUAAAACAAAUACCCAAACAACCAUCGUCAGAUAAUAAUUAUGUUCUAUUUGGUUGUUUUUGGCUUUCGCUCGGAAAUUACCCACCGGAAGAAAUGCCUCAUUACAUAUUGACACCUUCCAUAAAAAGAAGCCUAAAUAAUCUCGCAAGAGUAUUAAUGAGCAAAAAAUUUCCCGUUUUGCUUCAAGGACCAACCUCUGCCGGUAAAACCAGCAUGAUACAAUAUUUGGCUAAAUGCACUGGGCAUCGAUUUGUUAGGAUAAAUAAUCAUGAACAUACAGAUCUUCAGGAAUAUUUGGGAACUUAUGUUUCAAACUCGGAAGGGAAACUUGAAUUUCAGGAAGGUAUUCUCGUCGAAGCUUUAAAAAAUGGAUAUUGGAUUGUUCUGGACGAAUUAAAUUUGGCACCAACGGAUGUCAUGGAGGCACUUAAUAGACUUUUAGAUGAUAACCGAGAACUUUUAAUACCUGAAACCAACGAGAUAGUUAAGCCACACAAAGAUUUUAUGUUGUUUGCUACCCAGAAUCCACCAGGACUUUACGGUGGCAGAAAAAUUUUGUCCCGGGCUUUUCGUAAUAGGUUUAUGGAACUUCAUUUCGAUGAUAUUCCAGAAGGUGAGUUGGAAACUAUUUUGUCGGAAAGAUGUAGCAUUGCUCCAUCUUAUUGCAAAAAAUUAGUUAUGGUAUACAAACAACUGAUUGAGAGACGACAAGGAACAAGGAUAUUUGAACAAAAACACGGUUAUAUUACUUUGAGAGAUUUAUUUCGUUGGGCCGAAAGAUGUGCAAUUGGAUAUCAAGAACUAGCCGAGCAAGGCUAUAUGCUUCUUGCCGAGAGAAUAAGAAUACCUGAAGAAAAGGCAAUCGUUAAGCAAGUUUUGGAAACAGUAAUGAAAGUCAAGAUUGACGAGAAUCAAAUGUACGAUUGUUCUAAAUUGGACGAGUUUCAGAAAUUUAAUUUGAUUCAAAACACUAGUGAUCGCAUCAAUAACAAUGAUAUGAUGGUAUGGACAAAAGCCAUGAAAAGAUUAUUUACUUUGGUUGCUAAUUGUUUAAAAUUUAACGAACCUGUUUUAUUAGUUGGCGAAACUGGAUGUGGUAAGACUACAAUAUGUCAAGUUUUGGCGGAAAUAUAUGGUUCCCAAAUUCAUAUUGUUAAUUGUCAUCAUAGCACUGAAACUGCUGAUUUGCUCGGUGGUCAACGACCCUUGAGAAAUAAGGGAAUUUUGAGUGCUGAGCUUAAAAAUGAUUUGUCGGAAUAUUUGUUAAAAUAUGCUUUAGAGAACAAUAUAGAUUUGAAAAAAAUGGAAUUGAAAAAUUUGAUUGAACUUUUUGAAAUUCUACGUUGUAAGCAAUUGAAUACUUUAUUUGAAUGGCAUGAUGGACCUUUGAUUCAAGCAAUGAAAAAUGGGGAAUUCUUUCUGUUAGAUGAAAUUUCUUUGGCCGAUGAUUCUGUUAUUGAACGUCUUAAUAGUGUUCUUGAGCCAAGUAGGAUUUUGGUUUUACCAGAAAAAGGAGGAGAACAAAUCGAAGAGUUAGUAGCAAAACCUGGUUUUCAAUUUUUAGCCACUAUGAAUCCAGGCGGUGAUUAUGGUAAAAAAGAAUUAUCACCUGCUUUAAGAAAUCGGUUCACGGAAAUCUGGGUACCUUCAGUAAUCGAUAACGAAGAUUUAAUUCAAAUAAUCGAUUCAAAGUUGAAUCAUAACAAUAGCUUAAAAGGUUACGCGCAACGUAUAUUGAAUUUUGUUGAUUGGUUAAAACAUUCCUUGGGCUCCAAUUUAAUUACUACAAGUUUGAGAGAUAUUUUAACAUGGGUAUUGUUUAUGAAUAGCACCGUGGAAUCAAUUGGGGCAGAAAGAAGUUUCAUCCAUGGGGGAUUUCUUGUUUUCAUAGAUGGGCUUGGUUCAAAUUCCACUUCUGGAUCAUUUUCGUCUGGACUAAACUUAAAAGACUUUCGCGUAAAAUGCCUAAAAAAAUUAGUCGAACUGAUUGAUGAUUCUGAAUUUUCUAAUAUUUACUUUAACAAUGAUUUUAUUGAUGCUAAAAAAUUAAGUUCUACCGAAAAUGUUUUUGGAAUUCAUCCAUUUUUUAUUCCUAAAGGUUCUCUUGACACUCGACCGAUUUCUUUUACUCUUCAAGCUUCUACAACCAUGAAUAAUACAUUAAGAAUUCUGAGAGCAAUGCAAGCUAAAAAACCUAUUUUAUUGGAGGGUAGUCCAGGUGUAGGCAAAACUAGUUUAGUUUCAGCAUUAGCGGCAGCAACGGGCCACAAAUUGAUCCGUAUUAAUUUGUCUGAUCAAACUGAUUUAAUGGAUCUGUUCGGCUCUGAUCUUCCGGUUGAAGGUGGAGAUAAUUGCGAAUUUGCUUGGCGUGAUGCGCCUUUUCUACAGGCAAUGAAAACUGGAGAUUGGAUAUUAUUGGAUGAGUUGAAUUUGGCCUCUCAAUCGGUGCUGGAAGGUCUUAAUUCCUGUUUAGAUCAUCGUGGCACAGUCUACAUACCUGAAUUGGAUAAAGAAUUUUCUUGCUCUCGUGAAUUUCGUGUGUUUGGGGCACAAAAUCCUUUUCAUCAAGGGGGUGGUCGAAAAGGUCUCCCAAAGUCUUUUACAAAUCGUUUCACUCAAGUUUACAUUGAACACCUGACAAAAGAUGAUAUGCUUUUUAUUUCUAAAUACCUUUUUCCAAGAAUCAACUGCAAAACUUUGGAAAAGAUUAUUGAUUUUAAUAAUAGGGUCUAUCAAGAUUCAAUGAUAGAAUGUGUAUUUGGUCGAAAUGGAAGCCCGUGGGAAUUUAAUCUUAGAGAUGUUUUUCGUUGGUUAGACUUGUUGAAUAAGGACCAAGGAUUUGGCUAUAACUCUGAACCAGAAGAUUACUUGGAUCUUUUAUACCUUCAAAAAAUGAGAACUAAGGAGGAUAGAGAUCAUAUUAUUUUGAUUUUUAAUGAAAUCUUCGAUAAAAAUAUCAAACAUCCAAGGCGUCCACAUUACCAUAUUGAUUCAAAAUUUUUUCAAGUUGGUCAUUCAAUCCUGAAACGUCGAUGCUUUAUCUCAAAUACAAAAUUUCUAGAAAUUCCAUUGCAUAUUUUUCAAUCUCAAAUGAGGCCUUUUCAAGCAUUGAUGAAAUGUGUUGAAAUGAAUUGGAUGGUGAUAUUGACUGGACCCGAGUCUUCUGGUAAAACUAGUCUGAUUAGAUUGUUGGCAGAUCUUACAGGUAACACACUUGAAGAAUUCACAAUGAAUAGUUCGGUGGACACUGCGGAAUUAUUAGGUGGAUUUGAACAAUUGGAUUUAGCGAGACAUCGACUUUUAGCAAUGGAACAAUUAAAUUCCAUAUGUAAUGAAAUUAUCAAAUGUAUUUUGACAUUAUGUCAAACUAAUACCAGCAAUGUUGGGAAUGACAAGUUGAUUCAAAUAAUCCAGAAACUUAAUGACAUGAUAUUCACGCUUGAAAGUAAUUACAAAUUUAAUACUGGAAUAAGCCAAAAAAAUUCUAGUCCUGCUCUUUCCAAAAGACAUAUAGAUUACACAAUAGUUGAUCAAUUAAUCGAAUCUAUAAGAAAGGCAACCGCUGACCUUCAUUAUUUAUCUUCAACGUAUCCUAUUGAUUUUCAACACAUGCUGGAUUCAAUACAGACACAGAUUGACAAAAUUAAAACAUUGGAAAGCGAAACCGUGAAAGGUCAUUUUGAGUGGAUUGAUGGAAUACUUAUUAAUGCACUUGAGAAAGGGCACUGGCUUUUAAUUGAUAAUGCCAAUGUUUGUAGUCCAUCAGUUUUGGAUAGAUUAAAUUCGUUGCUUGAACCAAAUGGCGUGAUAGUUUUGAAUGAACGUGGAUUGAUAGAUGGAGAGGUUAAAGUUUACAAACCACAUAAAGAUUUUAGAAUUUUUAUGACUGUAAAUCCUAGAAAUGGUGAGUUGUCUCAAGCAAUGAGAAAUCGUGGAGUUGAAAUAUCGCUUUUGGGAUCAGAAUUCAUUGAAAACAAACAAGAUCUAAUAAAAUUAUUUAACGGUUAUGGCCUUCGAUCUGACAAUCUUAUUUUAUUUAUCGAUAAAUAUUUACAAAGUAUGAAAGAAAAAUCAAGUGCUACUACUAGUUUGCUGAAAAAUAAUCUUGGUUCUUAUAUGGCAUUAACAAAUUUCAUAUUGGAAAGGCUUCAAAGAGGAGAAAAUUUUUCAUCAGCUUUAAAAAAUACUUUUGAUCAAUUUGGCGUCAUUAUUGACGAAAAAGACUUUAGUGAGAUUCUGUCAAUUUCACAUUACAUUAACAACGAAAAAUCAAUAUUGUCUGAAACUGGUUAUUUAUCAAAUUCUCCAUUAUUUGUCGGUGGUGGUUUAUUAAAAGAAGAACCAUCUUUGGCCAUGAUUUGUAUCCAAGGAUCUUAUCUAUUGCAUCAACUAUGUAAACAAGAACUUUUAACUGCUGAUGUUGUUGGAUUAUCACAAAAGUUACUAGUAGCCUGUGACUAUUUUGUUGAACAUUUUUCCAUGGAAGAUGUUUCAUUAAGAUUAUGUUGGCUUGAUUUUAUUUUAUCCAUGUUCAAGUCCACGGAUCUUUUUGAGUUAAUUUCUACUCACAUAGAAUAUGUGAAAUUUAUGAUCCAUAGCCUUGCAAAUCAUUCUCGUACUCCUAUAUUGAUUGAUUUUAAAAACCAAUUAUCAAAUCUUAUAAAGGUUGAUCAAACGUUUAUGAAUUGCCUGUCUCUUGAUAUUACAAAUAAUCCUACUAUACACAAAUUAUUUAGUAAUCUUACGAAAACAACACUUCACAAUUACGCAAAUUCUGAAAUGAUUUUAAAUGUCUGGGAAGAAUAUUCAUCAAAUAUCAAAUCAUUGUCUUUAUCUAAACGUGUUAAUCAGGAAGAAUUUCUCGAAAAUAUCGUAUAUAAAAAUGCAUCAAAAAUUAAAGUUUCAAAAAUGUCAUUAGCUGAACAAUCAUAUUGUUAUAACCAAGGCAAUAUUGGAGAAACGCAAAUUUGUCAUAAGAUUAUUUCAUUCAUAUAUCCUAUUUUACAACAGCUUAAAAAUGUUGUAAAAUCCAGGAUUGAAAAUGGCAAUUGUGGUGAAUUGGAAAUUUCAGCAAUUAAUGAUUUGUUGGAUAUGCGUGAUUUUCUAUGGGAGUAUUUAAGCGCACAGGUUCUUGAUCUAGGGAAAUUUCAUAUUUAUAUUAAAAUGAUAUACAAAGCUGUUGAAAAUUUUCGAGAUAAAGUUGAUAGCGCACAACAUCUAAUAGAUAUUCUUGAUCAUAUUAUUAAAGAUGAAACUCUGAAAACAGGGAUGUUUAUGAGUACUAUUUGGCAUAGAUUUCAUCAUAUCACAUUUUCAAAAAUUGAAUUAUUUCAGUUGGAACAAGAAUUAAUCAAGAUUGGAAAAGAAUUUGAAAUCAGUGAGGAAAAUCAUGGUUCUGAAUCAAUUGAGUUGUUUAACACUAUAAAAAAACUUCCAGAGCAUAUAAGAAAUAAAAUUCUAGAUUCAAAUAUGAUGCAGAAAAUUGAUAAUCAACCUAUAGUAAAUUUAUCAUUUCAAGACCAAAAAACAAAUCAGAUGAAUAGUAUUAUUGAUUAUUCAUCAAUGAUUCAAGAAAUGCAAAUUCUACAAAUGCUUCAAUUUGCUACUUCUGAAAAAACUUAUUUGAAUAAUGAUAAAUUUUGUGAAAUUCUUAUAAAGAUAGGAGAAUUUUGUGACUAUUUUAUAAAAAAUGGAACAAGGCCUCCAUUAGAUUUUGCUUCUCAUCAACAGAUAAUAUGGAUUUAUGGAAAAGGUUCUAAUGUACCAAGUGAAAAGGCAAAGUCCAUAUUAAAUAACUUUGUUCAAGAUGUUUUGUAUGGAUGGCAUAAUAGAUUGUGGAGAUUAACUUAUGAUUUAUAUUUGAUGGAUUCAGGUUUCAAUGAUGAUGUAUAUAUGAAGCAUACUUUAGGGCCUGCAAGGUUAUACCAAAGUGUUUUUGUCAAUUAUUUUUUUGAAUUUACUUUUAAUAUUCAAUCAAUGGCAGUGUGCAAUUACAAUGAAAAUCUGAAUCUGAUCGAAAAGUUUAGAAAAAUCAUUUCAAAAAAAUUAUUUUUCAAAGUGAAACGAUGUGAUAUUGACAUUACGCUUCUAUUACUAUAUUUAAAACAAUUUGACAAAAUUAUCGAAUUAACAAAUCGUACUUUUCUGUUGGAUCAAGAUGAUGUUAAAUUUGAUGCUAAUAUUAAUGCUACGGAAGCAAUUGAAAUGCUUGUUAUAGUAAUUUCCGAUUUGGAAAAGAUUGAUGAUUUAUCUUUUUCCUCUACACUACAGAGAUGGUUUAUACCAGCUAUUCAAUCAAUAAUUCAAUACUUAAACAAAUACGAUAACGUGGAUUUAAUUGAAUUGAUUCGAAUGGAUAUUGGUAAAGCAUGGAUAUUUGUGGCACUUGGAUUUAUGGAACUAUACAUUCCAAACUAUGCAUUUGAUCCGACCGCAGAACCCCAUAUAUUUUGUGAUUUUCUUCAUCAUAAACAAGCCAAAUUAGAGAUUGAAAUAUUGGCCAGAUCAGAAAUUGAAAAAUGGUAUAACGGUGAAAGUUCAAACAUGAUAAUUGAUAAUUGUAAAAAUGAAUUGGAAAGAAUCAAAUUGCUCUUGAAAGAUAAUUCUGCAAAUUUAACUUUACGACCCGAGACAUCACAAUUGAACGAUCUCUUCAAUCAGAUUCACUACCUUUGUAACAAUGUCAUUGACUCCUUUCACGUUUUGGACCUUUUAAAAAAUCUGGAAGGCAAUUUAAAUGAAAUUUCUAUUCUACAACGUGAAGUUUUAUUCCAGGAUAAAUGCAUGCAAUUUAUUCAACGAAUGUCAACCAAUUAUCCACUUUAUCAAGACUUACUUCAACCAAUCUUUGUAGCGAUAUUUCAAUUGAAAUAUGGCUUCAGAUUGAUGGCUUCAGCAAACAAAGUCUUGAAAUCAACAAAUGAUAAUUUAAUCUACAAAGUAUUAAAAACUCUGAUCACUAUGACACAAUCUGGAUUUCAACAUGAUGAUGUUUUGAUGCUUGCUUCUCCAGAAUCAUUAACAAAUGUCAAAAAUUUAAUGUUUUCUCAAAACCUAUCAUCACGAGAUAAAUGGAAUAAUUACCUGGAAUAUUUAACUAUAAUUGUAAAAUGUAUUUAUAAACAUGCGGCAAAGCAUGGCUAUUUAACAUUAAAGAUUUUUGAUACCCUGCAAGAGGUUCUUUGUGAAAUAUCCGAUAUAUACUUGGCUGCCGAGGAACAGAAAAUUAAAUUGGCUCAGGAAGGAGAGAAUCUUUACAAGACCAAAACCAAGAAUAAUUCUUUUGCCACAGACGAACAGUUAUCAGAAAUUGAAUUAAAACAAAUGUUUCCAGAUUACAUUCAUGAAUACUUUGAUGUUGACGAUGAUGUAAAUAACAAUGAUAUAAAUAACAAUGAUAAUAGUAACAAUGAAACGCUACCCAUGGAAGAUUUAAACAAUGAUAUCCUUAUUGAAGUUGGUACUAUUUAUCAAACCUUCUUCAACGAUUUCAGUCACACUUCUUAUUGCUUGAAAAUAAAAAAUCAAAGACAAUCAACAAAGAAAAUAUUUUGGGAGUCUUUUAUUAUGGCACGAAGUAUCGCAAAAGCAUGUGGUAAACUUUUUCCUGAGGAUUUAGAUGAUGAUAUUGAUACUGUUCAAGUUUUUGGGACAUCGAUAUUAAAAGAAUGGUUAAUUCAUGAAGCCAAAAAAUUGGGUCCCAUUGUAUCUAAUUUACAACAGGCCAUUAAGAAACUGCUUAAAAUGUGGCCUGAACAUGCUAUUCUCCAGCAGAUCGAUAAUCUUUGCAGUAGGAUAAAUGGAUUUUCUUUAGAUUCACCGCUAGCAAAACUACUCACAGGCUUGGAAAUUUUGCUUCAAAAAUCAGAUGAAUGGGAAGUUUUUGCUAGUCGUGAAGUAUCAAUAAAAUCUCAUCAACAAGAAAUCACGCAGUUGAUAAUUCAUUGGCGACAACUUGAACUAACUUGUUGGUCAAAGUUAUUAACAGCUCAAGAAACUUAUUAUAAAAAAUCUGCUUAUAAAUGGUGGUUUCAUCUUUAUAACAGCAUAAUCCAUCCUAUUGAUGAGUUUGCUGAUAAAUAUGAUGGUCUAGAAGAAGAAUGUGAUGAAGGUGAAAGAGAAAUUAAUGAUGAUGGUGAUUUUGGAAAACAUAUUACAGGAAUCGUUAGUGCAUUGGAUCAAUUCCUACAAUCUUCAAAUAUUGGUGACUUUGAAGCAAGACUAGAGCUGCUUUAUUCUUUUUAUCAACAUCUUUCCCUGAAAGUUUAUUUUAUCAAAAAAAAUUCAGAUAAAAUAAUUACUCGUAGACUUUCUUAUUAUAAUACCACAGCUGAUACAAUCCUAAACGUCUUCAAGUAUUACUCUCAGUUCUUAUCACAUCGCAACGCAACAUUAAAGACAUUAUGUAAGCCUAUUGAAAAGGAACUUAAAGAAUUUGUUAAGAUUGCUAGCUGGAAGGAUGUAAAUAUUUAUGCACUUAAACAAAGUGCGGCUAAAACGCAUAGACAACUUAGCAAAUGCAUUAAAAAAUACAAAAUUAUACUUGAUAAAUCAAUUAAAGAUAUAAUUUUUGAUUAUCAAGCAAAAAAUUUUGAAUCUGAGGCAAGAGUUAGUGAAACGGUUGAAAAUGAUUCCAUUGAUUUGAAAUCGACCAUUCAGCCUUUAACGUCAUCAUCACCAAAUAUCGACAAUUUAAUUACCAUAAUUUAUAGUCAAAUUCCAAACUUAUCGGAUCGGUUUAUUAAGUUAGACCAAACGUUAAAGAAACUUCAUUCUUAUUGUAACAAUGAAUUGCUUGUGAAUUCGGAAUCAAUUAAAAACCAAAAGAUUGAAGACUUUGCAAUCGAAAUUAUACAUAGGAUCAAGACACUUCAAGAAAAAACGCCUGUAGUAAUGAAUGAAAAAAACAAAAAUUUAAUUAAAAAUCAAAAAAUGGUUAAAAAGAAGGCAUUUAUUGAUCUUUUGAAAGAAUUGAAAAGAAUUGGAUUGAGGCCUUUUAUUAAGAAGAAAACUAACGAGAAACUAAAAGAUUUAGUUGGAUAUAUGUUUCGACUAGGCACUUUAAGAUUGGGUCAAUCUUUGAAAAAUGUGGAAUUGAUGUCAUGUCAAAAUAAUACUAAUUUGAAUCUUCAACAGAACUCGGAAAUACUAAAAUCUAUGAUAAAAAUUAGUGACAAGGCUGAUGAUUAUUAUUACAGAAUUAUUGCAAAAAUGUCAUGUCUUUGUAAUCUAGCUACUAGCAGUCCCUCCAAAGAUUUGACUUUGCAAGAAGUACAUAAAGGACUUGGAUUUUCUCAGGAUCUAUUGAGUCUUAUUGUAAAGGAACGUAAAUAUUUACAUAAUUUAGACAAAAAUUACAUUGAAUUUUCUGGUGUUGUUCUACAAUUUAGUAGAAUCUAUUCCAAUUACAAUUUGCAUAUAACCCACCCUAAAAAAUCUUUAAAUCACCUGAACGAAAAGUUUAUUAAAAAUUUCAAAAUUAUUCUGGAUGAUAUAGUUUAUUUAUUAUCUCAUUCAUGUUUAAUCUUUGAUCUUCAAAAGGAAUUAUUAUCACUGGACUCAAAUAAUAAUAGUUUACAAGGAAAAAAUGUUGAAAUUUUUAUUGGAAAGAUGCAGAAUUGGCUUGAAAAAAUUUCGUUAAUUCGUGAUGAAUUCAUUGAUUUAUACAAUCAAAUAAUAAUGUAUCCAGAGUAUUCUAUUAGAAAAAUGGGUUUUAUUACCAAUGACCUCUCAAAUCUUAUUCAAAAUGAUAUUGAAUUGAUUAAACAGUUUUAUAAUUUUGUAAAAUCAAAAAACAUUCAGAUUCCUGAAUUUUCUCAUAUUUUAGAACCGCUAUAUUGUUAUUUAUUCACGAGAAUUAAUAAUCUCCACGUUUUCGAUUCUGAUCAAAGUAUUUGGAAAUGUGACAAUGAAGUAAAGACAACAGCUCUUUGUAGAUUGGUUAAUGAUAUCAGUAAUUUGUUGGAUAGAAUUUUAGUAGCGGUACAAGAAUUGCGCAAAGCUAAAGAACGUCAAAAGGGAUCAAUUAAAUCUACAACGGAAAAUGAUAACUCUAAAACUGAUCAAACAGAAUCGGAUGAUGACAAAUCAAAAUCAAUUGCGGAUGAUGAUGGGUACAUUCGCCAAGAACAUGAAUAUUACUUAACGUUUGUUAAAAAAUCACAAUUAUCAUCAAUUUUGCCUCAAUUCAACAAGAUUCAAAUGACAGUUUAUGAAUUAUUGAAAGAUAAACAAUUUGAUAAUAAUGAAUUUCAUGAAUUACUUUUGUUUCUAUUACAACGAUUACACCCCUUUAUACAUCAAUAUAAUUUGAUAAUUUUAUACUAUCUAUCUAAUUUCAUUUUCCAUCAUAAAUCUUUAAAUAAAUUAACGUAUGUGCUUUGUGAUUCAUUUACCACUAUAUUUCAAAAGGGUUAUUGCAUGCCAGAUAUGGAAACAGAGAAUGACGGAGAAGAAUGUAGAAAUGAGAUGGGUGUUCAAGGUACUGGUAUCGGUGAAGGAGAUGGUGCCAAAAACGUGAGCGAUGAAAUUGAAGAUGAAGAACAAGUUUUAGGAACACAAAACGAAUCAAAUCAAGAAAACCAAGAAAAUCAAGAAGAAUAUGAUGAUAAGGGCAUAGAAAUGGAAAAUGACUUUGAAGGUUCAAUUGGUGAUCUUGAAGAAAAAAAUGACAAUAAUGGUGAUGAUCAAAGUGAAUUAUCUGAAGGAGAUUCGGAUUUGGAUGAAAAUAUGGGAAACGUUGACGAAACGGAUCCUAAUGCAGUCGAUAAAAAAAUGUGGGAUGAUGAUUCUACUGAAAAUGUUAAAGAGAGCAAAGAAACUAGUGAUUCAAAAGAAGGUCUAAAUUCAAAAGACGAAUCUGAUAUUGUUGCAAAUGAAAAUCAUGAUGAUUCGGUUGAAGAAGCUCAAAAACAAUUAGAAAAACAAAAAUUAACUGAUCAUGAUUUUGAUGAUGAACAAGAGGAAUUUGAUGAAGAUAAUAUGUCCAUUGAUGAACCUGAAUUUGACACUAGACAAAAUCAAAAUCAAGAUAAUGAAUUAGAGAUUCAAAAUGAUUCCAAUGAUAAUCCUUCAGAAGUCAUUGACACAGAAGAAAAAAAUAGUAAUUCGAGUAAUAAAUUAUUAAACUAUGACGAAAAUAUAAAAAAUAAUCAUGAAAACAUCAAUGAUAAUAAACGUGAAAAUUUGGACCAAGAUUCAAAAUUCAAAGAUGUUAACCCACAUAGAUCUCUUGGCGAUGCACUAGAACAGUGGCAACGAAGACUUAAUGUUCUUGAAAAUCCUGAUGAAAUUCAGUCAGAUAACAAUGAUAAACAAAAACAAGCCGAACAAUCAUUUUUAGAAAAUCAUCAGGAAUUUGAGUUUCUCAAAAAUGAUGAAAAUUCUCAUGAUCUUCAAGCUAUGGGAAAUGCUUUAGAAGAACAAAUAAAAUCACUAGGUGCAUUUGAUGAUCAAUCUAAUCACGAAAUUAAUCAUGGUAUAGAAGAAGAUAUUGAAAUGGAUCAUGAAAUUUCCUCUAAAGAAGAAGAGAUCAAUUUUCAUCAAGAACAGAUGUUUAAUAAUGACAAUAAUGAUUAUAACCAAGAACAUGGAAAAGAAAAGGAAAGAUCAAAUUUUUUGAAGCAAAAAAAUGAUGACACAAAGCAAGAAGAUAAACAAUAUAAUGAUCAACAAGAUGUUAUUAAUUAUAAUAAUGAGCCUUUGCUUCAAGAAGUUGAUGAUUUGCGUCAAAGUUUGGAAGAUAAAUUAAUAGAAUGGAGAAAAUCUGGGAAUGAUUUAAUUAAUGCCCAAGAACUUUGGUUUAAAUAUGAAAAUCUCACAUGUAAUCUCGCUAAUAGACUUUGUGAACAAUUGAGAUUAAUUUUAGAACCAACUCUGGCCACUAAAUUAAAAGGAGACUAUCGGACUGGUAAGAGAUUAAAUAUGAAAAAAAUUAUUCCUUAUAUUGCAAGUGAUUUCAAAAAAGAUAAAAUAUGGUUACGACGUACUAAACCCAGCAAACGACAGUAUCAAGUUAUGAUUGCAGUGGAUGAUUCAAAGUCAAUGAGUGAAACUCAUUCUAUUCAACUGGCAUAUGAGGCCUUGGCACUUAUAUCAAAAGCGCUUUCUCAACUUGAGGUUGGAAAUAUAUCGAUUGUUAGUUUUGGUGAAAAGGUUCAACUGCUUCAUCCUUUUGAUCAACCAUUUAAUAGUGAAGCAGGCGCACAAGUUUUGCACCAAUUUACAUUUGAACAGAAUAAGACUUAUAUUAAAUCAUUAAUGGAAUCAACAAUAAAACUUUUAGAAAAUGCAAGAAAUAAUAAUUAUUAUGGAAAUGGUUCACAAAUUAAAGAAUUAUGGCAACUUCAGAUUAUAAUUUCAGAUGGAGUCUGUGAAGAUCACGAGAGUAUUAAAGCUCUGGUUAGAAAAGCUGUGGAAUUACAAAUAAUGGUUGUUUUUAUUAUUAUUGAUAAUAAAUUGGAAAAUGAUUCGAUCAUGUCAAUGAAUCAAGUUAAAUAUAAAUUAGUUGAUGGAAACAUGACAAUACAAAUGGAACGAUAUUUAGACAAAUUUCCUUUUGAUUAUUAUGUAGUUUUGAAAAAUAUUAAUUCUUUACCAGAAACGUUAGCAGAUGCAUUAAGACAAUAUUUUACUAUAAUUAGUCAAAACAGAAAUUAA